CUUUGGACACCCCUCGACCUUUUCUAGGUCUUAACCCAUCAAAUAACUGCCAUAUGAGGUGACCACGGCUCUUCACACCCCUCCAAAAUCGUCGCAGGCAUGUCCUGCUGUUCGCCACGCGAAGCCGCCCAUGGUUCCGAGGUAUCUGGCGACGACGCGAAGUACGGCGCGUAUCACAGUGAUUACGGCACUGAUUUCACGUCAGAAGAAGAAGAAAUUUUGAUCGGACUAGUGGAUAAAUUCGUGGAGACACAGGGCAGCGACCCGGGUGGUGCCGCGACUAGCGGUUUAAUACUCCAGAGCGCGACAGCGUUUGAGUCGGCAUCUGCAGCGAUACCGGAUAUAGAAGACCAUGUCUAUGUCUCUGGUUUGCAGAUCAGCGAGGAUCAGGGUGGAGGGGAGCUCAGUCCGACUCUCCAGGCGAUCUUGGAAGUUUGGGAGACAUUGUCUGACUACGGGAUCGAAGACAUCGCUGGCUGCAAGGGUGUCGAGCAUCCAGAUUCCGCGCAUCGCCCGGAGAAAGAGCGCCUACAAGAUGAACAAACAAGCCAUCAGCAGGCUGCUGAAGCGAUCACGAAUGAAGAUUCGAAGCCGACGCCGAAUACCACCAAAAUAGACAAUAGGUCACCUUUAGAGCGAUUCCGCAAGGCACCUAUGAAAGGCCUCUCCGUCACAGACCUGGUCUCCCCGGCCUGGUGUGAGCUACAGUACUGGUAUACCCUGACAAAACAUGGACGCAAGAUCCAGACACCGGCAAUGAAGCAAGGGAGUGCAAUGCAUAAAAAACUGGAGGAAGAGGUCCAUGUCACCGUUCCAGUAGAGGUACUAACGAGGGAAGAUGGGUGGGCUUUGAGAAUAUGGAAUGUGAUACACGGCUUGCAGACGCUGAGAACAACUGGAAUGACAAGAGAACUGCAAGUAUGGGGUGUUAUUGAUGGCGAAAUAGUAACUGGCAUCAUUGACGAGCUUUCCUACGAAUGCCCUGAUCCUGAGCUCGAAGCAGCUUCGGAUCCAGGAUCGAUAGAAGUACGAUCGGCAACAUCUUUAACCCCUGAAGGAAAGUCUUUAUCGAAUUAUUUGCUGUCUGCUGCUGGAGGUGGUAAAACACUCUCAGAGUUCGCAUCAACAAAGACUAGUUGGACUGGAGGAGUAGUCCCUGCGCCGUCGACAACAGGGAAAAAGAUAUACAUCACAGAUAUCAAAACGAGGCGCUCUUCUGCAAAACCGCCAACUGUAUCAAGCAUAGCGUUUCGACCUACCCUUAUACAGCUUCAUCUAUAUUAUCAUAUGCUCACCAGACUCAUAACUAGCGACGAUAUCACAAUCGAUGCGAUAGCUUCGCGACACCGCUUGAAAACUGACCAACCUUUUUCCGAUGUUUUUAUUGCUCAGGUUGGCAGUCUCAACGAUGGCUUUCUGGACAUCAACUCGUCGCCACAAUCAAAUCCAGACAGCGAUCAAACGGCUCCCUCGUCGAAUGAGCAAGAUUCCGUCUCCAUCCUUCUAAAACACAAUUCGCUCUCGAGUCUCUGGUCCCUUAUGAAAGAGCACUUCCACCUUACAUUCCUGCCCAAACCACAAAUACCUGAAAUACCCAAUGUCCCGGGUGAAGAUAACGCCAACGACAAUAAAAUCUCCCCACCUACCCUCCUAUCGCCCCUUCUAACAGCAGAGUACAUCUCUUCGACGUCCGAUCCAUCGAAACCCAUGGAAUACAUUGGUAGCAGAUCGUUCUUCUUCGACGCCAACGACUUAUAUCCUUAUCUAGCUGACGGUAUGCGUUUCUGGCGAGGAGGUAGAUCAGCGAAAGGUGUUGGCAUGGUAGAAGCGUGGAAGUGUCGGAUCUGUGAGUUUAGGGACGAAUGCGAGUGGAGAGAAGCGAAGGAGAAGGAAAUUAUAGGAAAAGGAAAGGGAAAAAAGCAAGCGAAAGAAAAAGAUGAAGUCGAGGAAAUAAAUGAUCAAGACCAAUAAGUUGGGUUUUUGUUAUGCCUUGGAAAGAUUUAUUGAAUGUCGCUUGGAAAUUAGUGGACUUAGAUCUUGGUUUAAACGACCUUUCAAGCACAUAUAUAAAGGAAAGACCUACGUGGAGUAUUUAGUUUACUAUUUCUUGUAGUUUGUUCAUUAUUCAAAAGGGUCUUUGAAAUGAUCGGU